AAAGCCCCUAAGCCGGUUACAUCAGUGGAGACUGUAGCAACGUCUACGUAUUUCUGAUCACACAUGCACUAUAGCGCGAAUUGGAGGAACGGCCUGCUUGCAAAGGCAACGUGAAGAAUCCUCUUGAACCAUCGCGCGUCUUCUAGUCUUACGCUUACCCUGAUAAUCGCAUGCAAGUACUUGCUGCCCCCUGCCCCGCGCGGGUUGCACGAGCUCCAUGCGUCAGUAGGGUCUCACGGCCGAGGCGUUUGCGCGUCGCUUGCUCUGUGACGACGCCACACAGCGGCUAUCACUUCGAUGGUACAGGACGGCGCUUCUUUGAGGGCUGGUAUUGGAAGGUGGUCAUGCCUGACACCGGUCAAAGCUUCGCGCUCAUCUACUCCGUAGAGGACCCACUGGGCAACACGCCGCAAGCGGGUGUGGGGCUGCAGGUGAUGGGCCCCGACGAUGGCUACAUCUGCCAAUUCAGUCCUCGCGUGGACGGCUUCUGGGCUGCUCCGCACCGUCUAGAGCUGGGAGCCACCUUCACACCGGCGCCAGCAGCGGCAGCGGCAACGGGAUCCAAUACACACACGGGUUCCCCCAGGGGCCCGCCCCGGGGAAUGCUGGGACAGGACCAGUUUUUCCAGCAGGUUUCGGAGGGCUUCCAGGCCUCCCAGCGGCUGCAGCAGGGGCGCAUGGUGGCGCGGGAGGAGGGCGCCGCGGGCCCCCCCAUGUCAACCGUCUCUAGUGCCUCCUGGUGCCUCUCCAUCACUCCCAGGGCCGGCUGGGGCUCCCCCUCCGCCCGCCACCAGCAAGCCACCGCGGGCUGGCUGUCCGCGCUGCCCGUGUUCGAGCCGCACUGGCAGGUGCUGAUGGCGCACGGCGAGGCGAGCGGUUGGCUGCAGUGGGGCGAGCGACGGUUCAGCUUCUCCGGCGCGCCCGCGUACGCGGAGAAGAACUGGGGCGGCGGCUUCCCGUCUAAGUGGGCGUGGGUGCAGUGCAACUCGUUUGAGGGCCAGCCGGGUCUGAGUGUGACCUCAGUGGGUGCUCGGCGGGGUCUGCUGGUUGGGCUGCCCGGGGUGGAGGAGGACGUGGGGCUGCUGGGGCUGCACCUGCCGCCGCACCUGGCGGGGGGCGGGGGGGAGUUCGUGGAGCUGGUGCCGUGGAACAGCGAGUUGGAGUGGGAGGUUUCCCCCUGGGGCAGCUGGCGGCUGCGGGGGGCCAACAGCCGCUGGGAGGCGCUGCUGGAGGCGGAGUGCGAGGCGGGGGCGGGGGCGGUGCUCAGGGCGCCCACCACGGCGCAGGGACUUGCUCCCUUCUGCAAGGACACCUUCUUCGGGCGCUGCCGCCUCAGGCUGUG